AUGGCACUGAAAGAGGAGAGUCAAGAACUGAAUGAAACCGAAGAGAAAGAUCAAAAUGAUUUCAAAACUGAAGAAAAAUUGAUUAGUUGCUCACAGGAUGAAAAUACUUCCUCACCAAAAAAAGCUCAAAAAACACAAACUACAAACCUUAAUUCUCACAUGAGAAUUCAUACUGGAGAGAGACCUUUCACCUGCCAACAGUGUGGAGAAAUUUUCAAUCAAAAAGAAAUCCUUGAAGUCCACAUGAAAAUUCACAAUGAAAAGAAGCCAUUCAUAUGCUCUCAGUGUGGAAAGUGUUUUACACAGAAAAAAAACCUUAAUGCCCACAUGAGAAUUCACACUGGAGAGAGACCUCACACCUGCAAACUCUGUGGAAAGAGUUUUUUACGAAAUGGAGGUCUUAAGAUUCACAUGAGAACUCACAGUGAAGAGAAGCCAUUUGAAUGCUCUCAGUGUGGAAAGAGUUUUACACUGAAAAAACUCCUUAAUGCCCACAUGAGAAUUCACACUGGAGAGAAGCCUUACACCUGCGAACAGUGUGGGAAGCGUUUUGGAUUAAAAGGAAACCUUCAUACUCACAUGAGAAUUCACACUGGAGAGAAUCCAUUUGUAUGUGAUCAGUGUGGAAAGAGUUUUAUACAGAAAAAACAACUUUAUUCCCACAUGAGAAUUCACACUGGAGAGAAGCCUUACAUCUGUGAUCAGUGUGGAAUGAGUUUCAGAUAUAAAGAAAGCCUUAAUUAUCACAUGAGGAUUCAUUCAAGAGAGAACAGUUUUAUAUGUCAUUAGUGCAAAAGGAGUUUCACAGACAAGAAACACUUAAAGAAUCAAGUUAAAAUUCACAUCGGAGAGAAACCUUUCAUGUGCAAUCAUUGUGGAAAGAGUUGCUCAAGAGAAAGGCCACCUUAAGGAUCACAUGAGAAUUUACACUGGAGCGAAACCUUUCACAUGUGAACCGUGUUAAAUUAAUUUUACAUAUAACAAAGACCUGGAACAUCAUUUGCAAACUCAUUCUGGAAAUAAAUGGCCAUUUUCCUCCGUGUGACGAGUUUAGGAAAUAGGAGUUUCUGCAAUUCAUUCUGGAAGACAAUUAAAUUGUAGUCAGUGUAAUGUUUUUUUACUUUUUCACAUAGAUAUAUACAUAAAAACUCUGUUUGUGUUAUUUGUUAAAGAGUAUGACAAGAAAAAUGCUGUGUGAAAUCAAGGCUACAUUCGCACCGCAGCUGAAUGCAGGCUACAUCUGACUGUCACCUUCAUGAUGACUACUUCUUUUGUUUGCAUCCUUCAUCUCUUUAUACUUAACCAUAAGGCUUUUUUCUUUUCUUUUGUGCAUAUGUACAAAUGUGUCCAUACCUAUCUUCUUUGCUGUAGUUUCAAAUAUUAAGCAGUUGCAGUAGAUGCCCUCUAAUUUCCACUAUGUAGAGGUGUCACUCAAUUUCUUGUGUUGAUUCCUCUGAAUCAAAAUAUUCAUCUAACUUCUACCUCUCUGGGAAGUGCAACAAUGU